AUCUCUCUCUCUUUCUCUAUCUCUCUCCCUCUUUGACAGUUCAACAUUGCCGGACAUGCUAGAACAUGCCGCUAGCGUACAUCUUCGGAAAUUUGAAGCUUUCAAAUUAAUUUUAUUUGAGAUUAUUAGUUACUAGUUACGAAUUCGUGUAAAACAUCAACUUUAUGUUACUAAAUUGCAUAGUUCCAGUAUGACACAUCCUUCCGGUUUGUAUAAUCGUAAGAAGAGUCUUCCUGUUGGAGAGGAAAACAAAAACCACGUCCUCCGUCUAUUGGCCGACCUUUUGGAAAGGGCAAGCCUCAGUACAAACAACGCAAAGAACAUAGGAUUCAUUAUUCGGUCAAAACGUAAUGAGCCGGAAAAAUUCGUUGCCGUGUGUGAAUUGGAACGCGUGCUGGACGACAAGGAUCUCUUGCACGAGUUGGCCAUGAACUACAAAUUCCAUGAUAAAUCCACAGCUCCUGAUUCGUUUAUUACCCAGUUCAAUAAGCUGGCGAAAGAUGCCUACUGGAAUCGAAUGCAAAAUGAGCUGUCGCUUAAACCUCCCAGCUACAAUAUGGUGAUUCAGCUGAUUCGGGAUAUAAAGCAGUCAUUUAAAUCCUUGCUGCGAGGAAAAAAUGAUCGUGCAUUGUAUACGGUUACCUUGUUGCUGGAUGAAAAGCAGUUGAUGCGUGGCAGUACACAGGUACGCAAUGUUGCUAUUCUUAAUGAAUUUCGUCGCAUAAUCACCAACCUCAUGGGAAUGGUCUGUUGCCCGGCACGUGAUGAAGAAAUCAUGAAACUGAAAAGAGAAACUGAACCCAUUGCCCAGCUGCGCGGAAUAAUGGAAGUGCUGGAGAAAAUGAAGUAUGAAAUGGCCAACUAUUUGCUCGCAUCCACACGUCCUACCAUCAUGCACUACUCCAUCAACUAUGAGCGAGAAAAGUUUAGCGAAAUGAGGGCGGCAUUUGGUCGUAAAAAGUUCCCAAACACUAUGGCGUGGUUAAAGCGCACACUUUCUUCCAUCAACAGCACUCACAGUGGCGUUGUGGUGGGCGAUGCGUCUUGCUCUAAGAAUUUCCAAAUAAUUAAGCUGAUCGAUAUUCAUAUGCCGGAAUAUUUUGUCGAACCGUACCAAGAGUUGAUCCAAAUUGAGAAACGAUAUCCGUUGCCGGAGCUGCUAGAGAUCGAUGCUGGACGUUUGGUACAACUGAAAGAACAAAUGUUUCGCUUGUGUGCUUGUGCCGCCAGUAUGCAGAUCACGUUCAAAUCUGUACCAAGUAUGGUCACUCAUCCGAGGCGUCAACAUUUAGCUGCUCAACUGACCAUCGCGAGCACAAACUUCCCUGUGAAAUACAACCAGAGUGAAAUGCUAAAGAACAUUUGUUCAUGUGUCCUUGCUAGUAUCACAGAACAUUCGCAGGAAUCGAAUGGGCCGCUGAUUACUGAAAACAAGAAGAUUUCCCUGCACGCUCAAAUAGUCAGCAUUAACUGCCGCACUUCGGCUUACUCCUCAGUAAGAGUGCAACUAAUGGCAUAUUUGAAGAACCUGCUACUUAUCGCAAAUAGACAACAUGUUUCAUUUCCAGUUAAGUUCCAAGAUUAUCGCGAGCAGACGAUUGAGCUGGCUAGACAAUUUAUUAUUCUAGUCACCUUUAACUUUAGCGUAUACGGUUCGUUCUACUUGAAGGCUGUGAACGAGGGAUAACAGGCCGGAGUAAACCUAUUUAUGUAUACCUAUGACCGCACAAGAAAUUUCAACUGUUUUCAAAAUUACAUUAAACUGUUACAAAGUUUUACAUUUAAAUUGUAAAAUAAGAAUAAA